UCACUCUCUCCUCCUGCCUUUCUCGACAAUAUUACUUUGUGGAUAAAAAUAUGACCUGGGCUGAAGCACAGACGUACUGCAGACAGAACUACACUGAUCUGGCCACGCUUGAGAAUGCUAACAACACAAAGAGUUUGAUUGCUGCUGCUGUGAACAGUAGUUAUAAUGGACUUGCUUGGAUUGGGCUGUAUGAUGAUGUGAUAAACGGCUGGAGAUGGUUUUUGGAUGAUGAUACUCUUUAUGGGCUAGAAGAAAGAAAUUUCAGGAAAUGGGCAAACACACAGCCAAAUAAUAUUUAUGGAAUGCAGAUGUGCACACAAAUAUAUUCACAAGGGAAUUGGAAUGAUCUUCAGUGCGGUGGCCAGCUCCCCUUCGUUUGCUACAACAAAGCCAAUAAUAGUCAUGUUCUGAUUACAUCAUCUAUGUCUGUCUCUAAUGCUCGUCAGCACUGCAGACAGUAUUACACAGACCUGGCCAUCAUCAGGAACCAAUCAGAGAAUCAACUGAUCACAAAUUUGUUAGCAGGAAACCUCACCGCUUGGAUUGGUCUUUACAGAACUAGACAGUGGUCAGAUCAGAGCAACUUCACUUAUGAGAACUGGAUAACUGGACAGCCAGAUAACCUGGGGGGUGUUGAACACUGUACCGCUGCGUCUCUGAAUAACUCUGGACAGUGGAGUGAUGAAAACUGCACUCAAAACUUUCCUUUCUUCUGUUAUAAAGACUCCACCACCACCACCCAGGCUACUGCUGCUGGACCCCUGUCAUCAGGACCCACCUCAGGCUCUACAGAUACUACUGCUGGACUCCUCUCGUCUGAACCCACAUCAGACUCUAAAGGACCCACCUCAGGCUCUACAGAUACUACUGCUGGACUCCUCUCGUCUGAACCCUCUAAAGAAAACGUGAUGAGAAUGCGGGUUAGAUUUACAUCUGUGAGAAACCUGACUGAUGCUGAGAUUGAAAAUGUUAUACUGCUGCAACUCCAGACUCAACUGAUCAACAAAGGGCUUCCGAGCAACACCAAGCUGCUUUUGAAAAAAGUUCUUAAGAGAAACAAUGACACAUUAUAAUCAACCCGUGUGAAGAACUGCAAAAUUAGUUACUGUAUUUCAAGGUUUAAAAUUGAAGAGUUUUACUGUCAUGUGCACAGAAACUGGCAGUUACCCUGAACACAGACGCUUUUGUCCAAAACGACUUACAAUAGUCAAUAGUACUUGUUAGUGUUAGUGGUGGUGUCAAAUGUAAUGUAAUGUAAUGUAAGUAAUUAUGACAAGUAAAAGCUAUACAACCAUAGUUUAUAAAUAAAUUUGUAUAUAAAAGCAGAGACAAAACUGAAGAGACAGGUUAAAAAUGUAGGUCAAUAUUUUGUACUUUACUUGAGUAUAUGUGUGAUUUAACACUUCAUUACUUGUUUAAGGUACAUUUACAUAAAAAGCACCAUUUUGAAAAUGGGCUUGUUGGUGUUUAUUUGUGAUUCUUUUGUUUUUAAUCAGUCAAACUAUGAUUUCCACCUAACCAAGUGCAUUAUUGUUACCAAAUCCAAAUUCGAACACAAAUCCUCUAAAACCUUUAUACUUCUAAUGUGUUAUUUCCAAUUAAAUGAAUAAUCAGUAUUUUAUCUUAAUCAAUAUUUAGCAUGAUCUAUUUAUUAUCCAGUUUUACUUUAUGAUCUCUGGUUAAUUCUUUUAAGUGAUUCAUAUGUAACCAUGGGUAAAACUUUUAUGUGCUGUGUAUUACUUUGGUCAAGAUGGGCUUCAAAGCCUCUUCUCAGAGUUGGUAUAAAAACUGUACGCUACUUUGUGGACAAUCUGAGAUAUUUUAUCUUCACAUAAUCUAUCUAUUCAUUUUACAAUAGACAGAAACCUGUGGGCCUGAUAUAAGAUUAUAAUUAGCUAAUUGAAGAAGUUGAGAGCACUAUUUGGAUGUUUUGUUCUCCUUAAACUUUGAUUAACUUUCUUUUAUUUUUCAUUAUCUGUUGCAUUCCAAAAACCCUGUUUUGUGAAAGCUAUUUUACACUUAUGAUGAAUCUGGUGUCAUCUUAUUUGACUUAUUUCCCAGCACUGUUAAGAAAACUGUGGUGCAAAAAGCAAAACCCUACUUACACCAACUCCAGCAUCCUGGUCUGUUUACACAAUGCAGGCUGGUUUUAUGCUGUUGGUGCCAAAUUCCGACACAGCUCUCUUUAUAUAUGUUAUCAAAUCUCUUCUGUGAGUUUUUAUCUGAGAUGCUUUAGCCCUUUUUCAGCUUAAACCAUGUAUUGCACUAUUCUGAGUAAACUCUAAAUCUUUAAACCCCAGCUGAUAUGCAGUUUUAGGAAUACUUAAAUCGGCCCAUAUGUGAUUAGAAAUAAUACCACACUGAAUUACUGAGAUCACAUUUUUCUCCAUUCUGAUGGUUGGUAUGAACAUUGUUUUCCUGUAUUCACAUGAUUUUAUGCAUCGCAUUGCUGCCACACCAUGGCCAGAUGACAUAACUGCAUGAAUGUGAAGAUGUACAGGUAUUACUAAUAUAAAGCACUGAGUAAGUGUAUAUUUGUAUCAGUUUGAGAAAAUGAAUGAUAUUUUGUAAAAACAUAAUACACCAUGUAUCAUCAUUAUCAAAUGCAUGCUCCAUAAGAAACAAUAAAAAACUGAA